AUGCAGGGUAUCAGGACAAGGAAGGGGAGGUCGAGGGAGCACGCUGCGGCGAUCGGUGAAAAUGGCGUGGAUGGGAGUAUGACGGAAAGGGACGCAUCCACGUGUGCAGUCAGAUGUAAUCCUCUUGAGCCUUUGGUGCCACAACGGGCGCCGUCUAUCGGCUUCAACCGUCUCUCGAGCGCCAGUAUGCGGGGAAGCAGCUCCUUCGAAAGGUCCAUGGUGGCGGCGGACCUGGGCGUUAGCGAAGAUUGCGCGCCACGCCACAGUGACCACAGCGGAACCGGGGAGUUCUCGAGGUCCGGCUCCUGGCCUGGAGUUAUUCCAGACGACCUAGAACACAUGUUCGACUGCACGUUGAACCUAACAAACAUCAGAAGGACGCUUGAGCCCAAAGACCAUCGGCCGUACAGUGACCAACGUUCAAGUCGGUUCGUCGAGGCUGUGUCGCGCACGUUCAGCAAAAGGAGUGAGCGUGCGUCGCCAAAGAGCGCUGUCGCGGCUUUGAUGGGAUUGCAGCCGCCCAAGGAUAAAAAGGGAUCGCAAUGGGAGCACCUCAUCAGGGCCCUCCGCGUCAAGCGGUGGUCGCAAGUGCUGGCCAGCGCAUCGAGGCAGGAGUCGCCUGAAAGUGUAUCGGAUACGGCUGAAGAUGAGGCAGGUGACAAGUUGGGCAAGCGCACGUGCGCCAUCGUGGAUGGCGUCAACGACCCGGCAUCCGCCAAGGGACUCGACAAGCGCUUUGGACCCCAGGUCAACCGGAACCUAAGGCCGAUAACCGCCACGACGCAGUAUGCGCGGUUCAGGCCCAGGUCUAUAGGAAAAGAUGCCAAGCGCAGGUUGCGCUCCUCUGCCAGGCGCAUCUACGAAGAGAGCACGCCGCCGGCGAUUGUCAGGGCAGGGCACCGAGACGGUCUGGAUGCGGUCAACUACGGUCUGGUACGCAUCAGGGAAGCUGGUGGCUCUGUUCAGGUUUAUGAUUGCGUGGAGAAGGAGACCGGCAGGAUGCUUAGCGUCAAGCUGAUCCCGAGGGACCACGCCGCCGCGGAAUUGUAUGAGCAUCUUUGCGAGAACGGUCACGCCAAUUUCGUAAAGAUCGUUCAAGUUCUAGAGGACAAAAAAUUGUUCUACAUCCUAAUGGAUUUCAACAACACUGUGUACCUCAGGGAGUUCUACCAUGACAGCCACCCGAGGACCUUCACAGAGUCACUCAUCAGGAGCAUCGUAAAGCAUCUCCUGAAUGCCCUGGCCUACAUUCACAGGAGGGGCAUGGUAGUGGCGGGGCUGAGUAUGGAUUCGGUCAUAAUACACAAGACGACGAACGGGGAAGUCGUAGCCAAGAUAUCAAACCUAGACGACGUCUGCACCACCACGUGCAGGCAUGUUUACAACACGCAGGAAAACGCCUUAGAGGCACCGGAAGUUGGCGACGGCUUACUCACUUGUUCAAGCGACAUGUGGAGCCUAGGAGUCUUGCUCUACACGCUCGCCGAGGGGAGACCGCCGUACAAACAGUUUACAUCCAAGUCCUACGCCAAGCGGGCCGCUGCCGUAAGGGGAGCGAGGCUCACCUUCGCGGCGGAGGCCUGGAUCGACGCGCCCAGAAUGAAGGACUUCUGCCUCAGGUGCCUGCAACCAGACCACAGGCAACGUGUUGCUUCCGCCAUGGAAGCGUUCAUACAUCCCUGGAUAAGGGAGUAA